AUGGGUGGUCUUGGAAAAACCACGCUAGUCAACAGUGUUUAUCAAAGCCCAAAACUGAAUGACGUGUUUGAGAGGCGUGCUUUUGUCACAAUCAUGCAUCCUUUCAAUCCUGCAGAUCUCCUUAGGAGUUUGGUUGUGCAAUUACAAAAAGAGUCUACUAAGAAGGAAGAACUGUUGAAAAAUAGUGCCAGCAAGAAUGGAUCAUUUGCAAUGGUGGAGGUUGAAGCGUUGACUAAGCAAUUGAAAAAACUUUUAGAGAUGAAGCGUUGCAUGAUUGUACUGGAUGAUUUGUCAUCUAUUGCAGAAUGGGAUGAGAUAAUGCAAGGGUCCUGUUGGAUUGGAAAGACAACUCGAAUAAUUGUGACUACAAGGAAAGAGAAUAUUGCACACCAUUGUUCAGGGAAUGACGAAACUGUGCGCAACCUUGAAGUUCUGAAAGAAGAGGACGCACUUGAUCUCUUCAGCCAAAAGGCUGCAGAUUUAAUCAAGAAGAAUCCUGAGUUGACUCAAGAAGCACACAAGAUCUUAAAGAAGUGUGGUGGACUUCCCCUUGCAAUAGUUACAAUAGGUGGUUACUUGGCAAGCCGUCCAAAGACUAGAGACGAGUGGAGAAUCUUGAAUGAGAAUAUCAAUGCUGAGUUGGAGAUGAAUCCAGAGCUUGGGAUGAUAAGAACCAUCCUUGAAAAGAGUUAUGAUGGUUUACCGUAUCAUCUCAAGUCAUGCUUCCUAUAUCUAUCCAUUUUUCCUGAAGACCACAUCAUUAGUCGGAGGCGUUUGGUGCGUCGAUGGACAGUGGAAGGUUACUCAAGCGAGAGGCGUGGGAAGUCUGCCAAUGCAAUGGCUGAAACCUACUUCACAGAACUCAAAAACAGAAGCAUGAUUUUACCAUCUCAUGAAUCAGUUUAUAGUAGGAAAUCAAUUGACUCUUGCAAGGUUCAUGACCUCAUGCGUGACAUCGCCAUCUCCAAGUCAAUGGAGGAGAACCUUGUUUUCAUAUUAGAGGAAGGUUGUGCCUUGAGCACCAAUGGCACAAUUCGCCAUCUUGCUAUAAGCAGCAACUGGCAAGGAGAUCAAAGUGAGUUUGAGAGUAUAGUUGACCUCUCUCGAAUAAGAUCACUGUCAGUGUUUGAGUGGUGUGAGCCAUUUUACAUUUCGGACAAGAUGAUGUUUCUACGAGUGCUUGAUUUAGAAGGCACAUAUGGUCUAAAGUACCAUCACCUUGAUAACAUUUGGAAGCUUCUUCACCUAAAAUACCUUUCUUUACGAGGAUGUAGUGGUAUUGAUCUACUGCCAGAUUCAUUGGGCAACCUGAGGCAACUCCAAGUGCUAGACGUCAGGGAUACCUGGGUAAAUGCUCUGCCAAAAACCAUCAUCAAGCUUCGGAAGCUACAGUACAUCCAUUCUGGUCGGAAAUUAGAUUAUUCCCUCACCAGGCGUGAUGCGUGCACUUUUGCUUGCUGUGUGAGAUUCCCUGCUCUCGUGACGGGAGUGGAUAAUGAACCAGGCCCUACUGUUCCAAGGGGGAUCAGAAAAUUGAAAGACUUGCACACAUUGAGAGAAGUAAAUGUCGGAAGGGGAAAUGCAAUUCUACAGGACAUCAAAAUGCUCACGGGACUGCGCAAGUUAGGAGUCACUGGCAUCAACAAGAAGAAUGGCCCAGCACUCUGCUCGGCCAUUUCCAGUCUCAGCAGGCUGGAAUCACUGUCAGUGAGAUCGGUGGGGAAAGAAGGUUUUCGUGGCUGCUUGGACGAUAUAUCCUCGCCUCCAGAAAACCUGCAGAGCCUCAAGCUGUACGGCAAUCUGGAAACGUUGCCGGAAUGGAUCAAGGAGCUCCCGCAUCUCGUGAAAGUGAAACUAAUUUGCACUAGCAACCUGAAUCACGAUGCUUUUCUCGAGUUCCUUGGGAAACUACCGAAGCUUGAAAUUCUAGUUCUGUCUUCGGGAUGGUCAGGUUUUCUGGAAGAUCCUGCUUUCAAAUCUCCGCAGGCUGGAAUAGCU